AACUUGAAUAUAGAGCAGCGCAGAUCUACAAAAAUAUCAAUCCUCUCGACUUUGUCUCGACUUGCUGCCUAUUCAAUUAAGGAAAUCUUAUGGAACCUAUGCUGUUGUGUCCCCCGAAGAUGCGAUUAUCAAGAGAGUUGGCACGAGUCUCCAGCGCAUGUUAAAGCACGAAUACGGUGAUGUUUACGAUGGGGUAAGGUCGAACCAAGUUGCUACAUUGCAAAGGUGCAGAUCCUUUCAACCGCAAGCCUCGCAAAAACGAGAAUGUUCGGGAUUGGUGGCUCGCUGUCCAGAAAGAUGAAAACGCGCAGGUUCUUGGGGUGAUAAAGUCAUUUACGCGAUUGGUUCAAUUCACUAAAGUCUUGUUCUUGUGUCAGGCUCUCGCGAUCAAGUUAUAUUCUGUGGUACCGGUGUCAAUGGCUGACGAGAGGACUGUGACGACCAUAACGUGGCUCAAUAGUCCUACUCGGAGCCAACAAGACAUCGCAACAUUAAAAGAAACCAUUCAAAUUCGCCAGUGGCACCGCUGGAAACCUGAUUCAGUGGCAUCAAAGACGGCUCCUUCGGUCAAAUGGCGCGAUAUGCAUGGCCUGUGCAGCUUGAGCCAACCGCUUCCGCGAGUCAUGGACCUCCAUCCAAGCUGACGUCUGACACUGCAACUUCAUCGACGACACCAAUGGAUGACGAGUGGGAGACAUGGAAGUCUGUAGAGUAAAUUACAGUCAAUUAGGUGAAAUU